GGAAGAAGAAGAAAAUGGCAAUGUUGAGGAUCUGUAACAUGCGUCGAAGAAAAAGCUCUUUUAUGUGCAGUGAUUAUGAAGAGGAGUGAGAAUGAAACUCCUGUGAAGCGUUUGAAGUUGUACGUGUCGUUCGUUUACACAAGGAACGAUGUCGAGUGUUCUAGCAAGGGUUUUAUUUUAUCCCACACUCGCUUACAAUGUUGUCAUGGAAAAGAUCACUUCCAGGCAUUGGUAUAAUCGCGUGGAUCCUACUGUCAUUCUUGGUGCUCUUCCUUUCAGGUCAAUGACAGAGGAGUUGGUCCAAAAUGAGAAAGUCAGAGGAGUUAUUACUAUGAAUGAAGAAUAUGAGACAAAAUAUUUCUGCAAUUCAGCUGAGGACUGGCAAGCUGUUGGCGUUGACCAGAUCAGACUCAGCACGGUGGACCUUACAGGUAUUCCCAGCCUAGAGCACGUUCACAAGGGUGUGGACUUCGCCUUGAAACAUCGAGAGCAAGGCACCAGUGUCUAUAUUCACUGCAAGGCUGGCCGCUCACGCAGUGCAACUAUUGCAGCCGCAUACCUCAUCAGGCUACACUGUUGGAGUCCAGAGGAGGCCUGUAAGAUGCUGGCCUCAGUCCGGCCUCAUGUGCUGAUCCGCUCAGCCCAGUUGGAGAUUCUGCAGGAGUACUUCAAGCAAGCUGUACAGGGUUUAAAGGGCUCGACUGUGCCGCCUGAAGAUGGCAGCAGCGCACUGCGAAACGCACCCGCACCGUCAGCAUCAGCGGAUCCCGGCCGCGAGGAAGGACGCGGAGAGGGAGUAAAGAUGGCGGCCUCCUUGGUUAGAUUUGUCCGCAACGGUUUUGGAAGAAGUCUAAACGUUGCUAGACAGAGCGCUGCGAUUGUCCAGACAAGAACAACGACAACUGAAACCAGACCUACUGUAAGGCCCAAGGAUCCAGUCACACACACUCAGCUUUCAGAGUUUGGAGAAUAUAUUGCAGAGAUUCUCCCCAAAUAUGUGCAACAAGUUCAGGUGACCUGCUUUAAUGAGCUGGAGCUAAUGAUCCACCCAGAAGGGAUUAUACCUGUUCUCACCUUCUUGAAGGAUCACACAAACGCUCAGUUCCACAACAUGACUGACCUGACAGCCGUGGAUGUCCCUACAAGGCAGUACCGCUUCGAGAUUGUGUAUAAUCUGCUGUCCCUGCGCUAUAAUUCUCGUAUCCGAGUGAAGACCUACACUGAUGAGCUGAGUCCUCUUGACUCCUCUGUGCCUGUGCACCAGGCAGCUGACUGGUAUGAGAGAGAGAUUUGGGACAUGUUUGGAGUUUUCUUCGCAAACCAUCCAGAUCUGAGACGCAUCUUGACAGAUUAUGGAUUUGAAGGUCAUCCAUUCAGAAAAGACUUUCCUUUGUCUGGAUACGUUGAGGUACGUUAUGAUGAUGAAGUGAAGCGGGUUGUGGCUGAACCUGUUGAGCUGGCCCAGGAGUUCCGUAAGUUUGACUUGAACAGUCCGUGGGAAGCGUUCCCCGCAUACCGCGAGCCUAAAGACGCACCUAAGCUGGAGUCUGGGGAUAAACCAGCAAAGCCCCCCCGUGCUGUGACCCUUUAGAGUUCUAAUCAUACUCUCAGAUGAAUCCUCAGAACGUAUUUAUGUAAAUAAGACCCUGUGCUACAUCUAAAUAAAACAACGAAAACUG